GUGCAUGCCGUUGUUAUGUGCUUCGCCUUCGUGGCCGUCUUCCCGACGGGCUCACUGCUCCUGAGGCUCUUCCAGAGCGUGACUUGGCAUUGGGCUGUGCAAUGCAUUGGCGUGCUGCUCGUCAUCGUCGGCCUCGCUACCGGCGUAUCGAUCAGCAGAGAGUACAAUCGCGGCAAAGGCUUCACCUCCGCGCACCAAGUCCUCGGCCUCCUCCUCUUCGCCGGCGUCAUUAUCCAGCUCGGGCUCGGUAUCAUCAACCACGCCAUCCACAGGCGGACAAAGCAAGGCACCGCCUUCGGCAAGGUCCAUCUCUUCCUAGGACCAACCGUUAUGCUCCUAGCUCUCAUCAACGGCGGGCUCGGCCUCAACUUAGCCGGCGACACCCAAGGCCACGUUCCCUACGCCAUCGCCGUGCUGGCAGCGGGCAUCCUCUUCAUCCUCGCCCGAGCCUGGAUUCAUCUCUUCAUGAGCCAUGCGCAGUACAAGCCCGAAGAAGCCGUGGAGCAGUAUCCGUGGCAGAACUCCUUCGGUCUGCCCAGCUCGGGAAGCCCCUUCCAGGAUGUCGAGACUCCCGCGAGCUAUAAGAGCGAAGUCACCAAUCCGUUUACGUUUGAGAUGGCGAGUCCGGUCACCAUGGCGCCGAUGAGUCCGCGGUGGCCGGCUCCGCCGAAAAGGACGUUUAGUUCGGCUUGGCUCGGUUGAGCGUGACAUUGUGCGUUCAGCAUGGCGUUGGAAGGCAUUUCAGCAUGAUUCGGCAGUCUUAGGCGAAGCAGCAAUGUCGCAGCCACGUACUUUGCACCAUGCAUACAUCAUAGUCGCUGUGGCUUUAGGCAGUCACAAUGCCUUGCCCGGCAGUAAGAAUGAAUGCGCACAAGGACCGAGACAGGUGCCACUGCGAUU